CUCCUCUCUGGCAUGUCUGUCUGUCAGUCUGUCUGUCUGUCUGUCUGUCGGUUGGGACAGCUGGUCGUCUGUGUCGUUGUCGCGACCGAACACAACCCUCUCAUAAAGGGACCACGAUCGCCUUUGGGAGCCGUGCUGUCGCUCUCGUCAAGUCUCGAGUAGGAACAGCUUCGCGUCACAGAUGAUGUGUGUCGCCAACUCAUCGCAGUAAAGAUCAAUCCUGACACACACACACAUGCACACACACACAGACAUCAGUGCUGCUGUGAGUGUAUCCAUCAGGUGCCUUGUGUUGCUCACCUGACUGCCUUCAGCUGUCUGGCGCAUGGAAGUAUCCCUCCCUCCCUCCUUCCCUCCCGCCCUCCGGCUGCUCUUCCCUCUCCCGGUGGCCACAUCGGUCAGUCAGUGCACCAGGCCAAGUCGCCAGACCAGCAACGCGAUUUCUUGAUGAUCACCAACAGAUGCCGUCGCCUCAUGAGUGUGCUUAGCCCAUCUGAGGCGACUGCAUCUGCAGCUGGUCGAUGAGUCAUAGUGCGAUGGCCACACGCGGCGAGACUGCAGCUGUCUGAGUCGUGCUGGCGGUUGGGAGGGGGGCGGUGGUCUGGUGAUCACUCACGGCCUUCGCCAUCAGCUCGGGGUAAAGAGGGAAACUGACGUCGGCUGGCGAUGCUGUGGAUGACUCAGCUAAAGCAUUGCGGGAUGGUGAAGCCGCUUGCUCGUCACGUGGCGAACAGAGACCUGCUGACGGCAACAGACACACACGCACCGAGACAGACAGACAUAAGGAUGGAUCACGAUGGACCGCUGUUCUUUGUCUCGCCUACCGGCCUGUCCCCUGUCUUUGAAUAGGCAAUGCUGUAGCUGCAUCUCCCGCCUGUGUGCGAUGGCGGCCUUCUUGGCGCCCUCAUAGCCCAGCUGACGCACAGAAAAGAGCUUCUCCUUCUUCUUGUGCCCCUCGUACCAGCUGGCCACCCAUGCGCUGCUGCCACUGUGGCGGUAGACGCCCCUGACGCCGCUCUGAUGCUCUGAUCGCUUCUUGACCGCCCCCCUCACUGCCAUUCCGCCCAUGUUGUCAGGGGCAGAUAUGGUGCCGGCGACAGGAGCACAUGGCACAGGAGGAUGCUAAGCAGAAGAAGCACAUGGCAGAGGAAGAUGCUAAGUGAUUUGUCCAGACCUCCUUGCCCUUCCUGCUGUGUUCCUACCUGUUGGCAUCGUCUUCUGAAUGCCCAAAACCAUUGGUCGCUCGCCUUGAAGUUGCUUUCGCCCAGCUGACGGGCGAUAUCCAUUGCCUUGGCCUUGGUGUCCUUUCGGCGGAUGCUCGUGGAAUCACCCUGUGUCGCCACCCACUGACGCAUCUCGUUCUCGAUCUGCCGAUACCUGACCCAGGGCUGCCUGAUGCGCUUAUUGGAAGCAGAUAGGUACACCUGCGUGCCCUGCUCUAUCUGCUUCUUGAUGGCGUAGUACACCUCCUUGAAAUGCUUUACGUCGAUGCCCUUCUCGUCUGCGAACUGAGGCAUUGUGAUUUCCUCUCCGUUGAUCUUUCGCGAUUCAAACUCCUGCACCAGCAGCAGCCUCCCUGCGGUUGGUGGGGGAAGGGACGCCGCUCGCCCUCUGUGUGAACCGUCAGCCGCUGGUGGGGGCUGCAGCAUCGACGGAUGUGGAGGGGCAGACUGAUGAGUGGGCUCUUCGGGAGCUGGCGUGCUUAGCAUUGAAGAAUGACGAGUCGACGACUGAAUGGAACAGGCAAGAAACAGUACAGAUGUCACUGUCCGUCGAGUCUGUUGGCCAGCUCACUUGUGAGGGACCAUAGCCAUCAUUAUUCUGCCUGCCGCGGGUGAUGACCGGGAGGUUGGUGUGGGUGAAGUGGGCUGCAAUCAGCGGUGAGGCUGCAGCCGUCUGAGCCGUGCUGGCGGGUGGGAGGGGGGCGGUGGUCUGGGGAGCCGUCACGGCCUUCGCCAUCAGCUCGGGGUAAAGAGAAAAGCUGAGGUCGGCUGGCGAUACUGUGGAUGACUCAGCAGAGCAUUGCGGGAUGGUGAAGUCGCUUGGUCGUCACGUGGCGAGCAGAGACCUGCUGACGGCAAAACAGGGACACAUGGAAAGACAGACAGACAGAGAGAGAGAGAGAGACAGAUGGAUCACGAUGGACCGCUGUUCUUUGUCUCGCCUACCGGCCUGUCCCCUGUCUUUGAAUAGGCAGUGCUGUAGCUGCAUCUCCCGCCUGUGUGCGAUGGCGGCCUUCUUAGCGCCCUCAUAGCCCAGCUGCCGCACAGAGAAGUGCUUCUUCUUCUGUUUUCCACCGUCGUACCAGCUGGCCACCCAUGCAUUCUUGUUGAAGCUGACGCCCCUGACGCCACUCUCUGAUCUCUGCUUGACCCCCGCCCGUCCGAUGCGCUCCAUCUUGCGACGGUGCUUCUCGGCCAGCGCCUGAGUCGACAACACACACACACACACACACACACGAGAGACCUAGAGAGAUGGAGAGAUUGGGGUGAUAGACGGCGCCACGCGCACCUUGGCCUUGUCGAAUCCAUGGUUACUAGCGCUGAAGAACUUGUGUUUCCACCUCUUGUCGACCUUCUCGACCCAUGAGGCUACCCACGAUCGGCUCGACGUAAGCCAACAGACCCCCGGUACGUCCGAGGUGAGCGUCGGAACACGUCUGGUGAGGACCGUCUUGUUUGUCUGGCCCAUUGGUCGUCCUUCAUGAUGCGAGUCGUGCUGGGGUGGCUCUGUGCGCCGUCUCUUCGGAGAGCGGCUGCCGUCCGGCGAUGGGUCUCGGCCAUUGCAGGGGGUGACAGGGGGGCUGCUUGGCAUAUGGCGCUUCGGAGGAUCAGGCAAUCCUGAAUGGCACACAGGCGGACAGCCGAGACGAUGGGCGAAGUGGUGCAUCCCGGCUGAGCCAACUGGGUGUCCACUACCCUGGUCGUGGACAUCACGCCGGUCAGACGCUACACAAACAUCUGAUCAGCAGACACACAGGCAGAUCAAUCCUGCCCUUCCUUGCCCUGUGUUCUCUCCUCUAACCCGUCGGCCUCCACCGGAUUGCCUUUGUCUGCCGGCCGGCCACCGUCACUGUGGCGAUCUCAUACCGACCGCCACUCUCAGGAUCAGUCGCACGCACGCCCUCCAGCAGCUUCGUCAGCAUGAUGUCUUCCUCCACCCUGCUGCUGCCAUCCAUGUCAGCGGCCGACGUGGCGGCUGGCUGCCCACCAGCCCUGGUCUCAUGAGGCCCCGCGCCGCCGUCUCUUGUGUCGGUCUCCUUUUCAUCCACAGCGCCCUGACGAUGGGGCUCGGCAGGAGGGAUCGGCAAAAGCCUGCCACGAUUGUCGUAGUAGUAGUGCAAUCGCUCCAUCUCCCGCCUGUGCGCUAUGGCGGCCUUCUUGGCGCCCUCCAUACCCAGCUGCCGCACAGAGAACUUCUUUUUCCUAUCGAUGCCGCUUUCACGCCAGGUGGCCUGCCAUGCGCUGUUGGAGCUGUUGAAGCUGACGCCUUUGACACCGCUUUGAUGACCGAUAUCGGCCGCGUGGAGGCGGUUGCGGGGGGACGACGGACGAUGGCAGUCCGGCGGUAGCCUGCUAUCUUGCCGCCAGGUGAAGGCCAAGGCGACACUACCACGUCCAUCGCCCGUCGGUGUGCGGUGGCGGUGGUCAGCGGCAUCGAUGGGUACUGUGGUGCGACGCCAUAGCCAGGGACGCCAGCAGGAUAACAAAGGGCCGGGAGGCUGGGAGGCCGCAAGGGGAUGUGGGAUGCAGGAUGGCCUACCCCAACAGGGCCGCUCACACCUACUCGUGUGGCCGACACCGAUAGCGGAUGACAGCCGGGUGUGAGUGGCGAUGACUGCCCAUAGUGGCCCAUCAUGCCGCCUUGGAAAGGACCCAGAGAGAAGGGCUGCUGCUGAUCAACAAUGGCCGCCCCAUCAGCUGCGCCGCCACGAUGAAUGCCCGAUGCUUGUGCUGGCGGCGGGAGAGAGGGAGCAUAUGGGGCUGCAAAGGGGGAAGCCGGAGCACCGCUUGCAGGCACCAAGUCAGCUUCACUCAUCCAACCAACGAACCAUCGUCAAGGGCCGCGGUAGACCACAGCUCAUCUGGAUCUUGCUGCAGAUGGUCAGGAUCUGUCAUUGCCGUGCUAAUCAGAGGGCGG